CUUUAUAUUAAAAAUUAAAAUCUGAAGAAGUUGAAUGAAACUAGAAGACUUGAGACUAAAUGAAUGAUAAAGUUUAAAAUGAAAAUAUUAGAAUUAAUUAAAUUAUUAGCUAAAAAUGGUAUGAAAACACACGAACUGAAUCAGCUGUUUAGAGCUGCUUAAGAGCACGUGGGUCAAACUGAUUAUGAUUGAAAAUUGAAUUUCAAACAUACAAAAAAGUGGCAAUACAUGCAGCGGCCAAGGUUUUAUAAUACGUCUUGUUGUUCCGUUUUAAACAGUUUAACUGAUUCGUUUAGCAUAAUGUCGCUUCCAACAUUAAAGUGCAAAAUAGGUCCAUCUAUUCUGAAUUCAGAUCUAUCAGAAUUAUUUAAUGAAUCAAAAAAAUUAUUAGACAAUGGUGCUGACUAUUUGCACUUGGACGUUAUGGAUGGACAUUUUGUUCCAAAUCUUACAUUCGGUCAUCCUGUUGUCAAGUGUUUGCGGUCAAAAUUAAAGGAUGCGUUUUUUGAAACUCAUAUGAUGGUAUCAAAUCCAGAGCAGUGGAUAGAACCUAUGGCUGAUGCUGGAGUUGAUCAAUAUACAUUCCAUGUAGAACCAGUUAAAGAUAUUGUUCCAGUUUGUCGAAAAAUCAAAGAAGCAGGUAUGAAAGUUGGAUUGGCUAUAAAACCUGGUACAGGAAUUGAAGCAAUCAGACAAUUUAUUGAUAUGGCUGAUUUAAUAUUAGUAAUGACCGUUGAGCCUGGAUUUGGUGGACAAAAAUUUAUGACAGAUAUGAUGCCAAAAGUACAAUGGUUGCGCCACAAUUAUCCAUUAUUGGACAUUGAAGUUGAUGGAGGUGUUGGUCCAUCAACAAUUAGUGCGUGUGCAGAGGCUGGAGCAAAUGUGAUAGUAUCAGGAACUGCCAUCAUUGGAGCUGUCGACCAACGUGCAGUGAUUGCACAACUUAGAGAAACUGUGGAGAGUUCUAUUCAUAAAUGUAAUGUUUAAAAUGCAAUAAUAAAAGGUGUAUUUUGGUUCGCAUAUGAACUGAUAUGAUCAGUGUAAGUUCAAAUUGUUAAAGUUUUCUAUGCCACUAUAUUUAUAUUGAAUAGUUUUGUUAAAAAUAUUAAGUGAUUAUAGAAAUGAAAUAUCAGUUCAUGUGUGUGUUCAGGUAGCUACACCUAUAAAACGAAUACCAUUGAGCCUGUCCAUCAAAUUUUACUCAUUAGAAAUAAGGAAAUAAAAGGGGUUAAAAUAAUUUUUUUAAAACUUAUUAUUUUACAAAAUAAUUAAAAAAUAAAAGGCAAUUUUUUUGCACUAUGGUUUUCCACAAGUAUACAGAGUGUCUGUGACUCGACGGGCGUAGCUUAACUUAUUCUUUGUACAAUUUUAAGUCGAAAGUGCCUUUUAUACUUGUGUCCAAAACUCAAUAGUUAAGGAGUUAUGGGUACUAUUGAAUUUAAUCAAUAAAGUAAGUACAUUGUUGAGUAAAGUAGUUAAAUGUUUUAUUAAUUAAAAACUUUUCUUCGUUCACUAUUAGAGCGACUAUUUUCGACCAUGUUAAGAAUGGUUCUUCGUCGGAAAGUUCUUGCUGUACAAGACGUUCUGCAUUAGCUUUAAAAAAAUUAGCCUUUUCUACCAAAUGACGAUGAAUAUUUAAGAAUACUUGUUUAUUAGAAAAUAUUAGAUCAGGAAACCGCCGCUAAUAUUCCCGCACUGACGCUCUUGCAUUUCCGCCACAAUAUCCGUAAAUGAAGUGAAUAUUGACAUAUUUUUAAUUUUUAAACCAUUAAAUUGAUAUUAAAAUUACAAUUUAAAAAAUAAAAAACACAAACAAACAAUCAAAUGUUUAAGUUUACUUCUCUUGACUAUUAGCUUUGCCGGGACAUAAUAGUGCACAUAACUCCUUAACUAUUGGUUUUUGGACAAAAGUAUAUAAGGCAUUGUCGAGUUAAAAUUGUCCAAAGAAUACGCUCUUAAGCUAAGUCCAUCGAGUCACGGGACACUCUGUAUAUUAUGUUUAACUCGUAAAAGAAAUUAUUUUUGGAAAUCAAUUUUGACAUUUUUUUAUAGAAAUUAUUUGUAACAUUCAUUCCAAUUCAUGCAAUAUAUUCAUGAUUUAAUUAUUCAUGAUAAACAUCUAGGAUACGUUCCUAAAUACAACAAAAGGUCAGGCCAAUUGGUACGAUCAAUUUACAUUGUAUAAAUCUAAAUUGAUGACAUCUUAGCGUGCCAGAUGGCAUGACGGCUUUUAUUUAGGAACGUACGUUUUUAAUUUAAAUGAAUUAUUGUACUCGUGAAAAUACAACCAAAAAUAACUAUAACACUGCAAAUAACGAAAAUCGACGAAUGUGAUAUGAAGUGAUUAGAGUCGAUAAGAAAAUAAAAAGCACAUUAAAUUUUUUUUUUUUUAAAGGCACCAAAAAAUUAUUGAUAAUAUUUUAUAUUUGUUUAAUAUAAAUCUUCAAUUUUACUACAGAUACGUUUAUAAAUCAUAAUUAUAGAAUAAAAAUUGUAACAGAA